AAGCCUUAGGUUCAUUUUUGUUAUCAGUCAAAAUGGAAAUUUCUCUUCCAAUAAAAGAAAUAAAAAAAAUGAGCCACAGCUCGCGUGGCUUUCUUUUUACAGGCCUCCCGCUAGGGUUUCGAAGCGCCCCUUCCCUUUCUCGGAAUCCUUCUCCGUAAGUCUCCUAAUCGGGCUCCUCCCUUGUUAGAUUUCUCCAAUUCCAGUAUUUCCCAGCCCUGUAAAUGGCGAUCCUUUGGUGGAUUCAUUGACGAAUCCUUUUCACUUCUCACUCGCGGAGUUUCUUUUCUUUUUUUUUUUUUUUUUUGACUCUGGUGGUCGAAAGUUGCAAUAUUGACCUGUGUAUCAUUGGGAUCUUGCUUGUAUCGAUGGAUUACGGCGGAGGAAGUUCUUAUCCUGGAAGCAGUGCUAUAGCCAUCAUCCCGGACGCAUCCGGCCCUCCCGGCCACGAUUCUUGGCCCCCGGCGGGGAGUGACCAGCUCAUGUGGGCGACGGACGAGGACUACCGUGCUUGGGGCGGCGAUCUGUUGGCUGACACCGGUUCCAACUCUGCAUACGACGGUCGCCAGUCCCAGUCUCGAGCUGGCAGCGAGCAGCCUCCCAGCAAGCGAUCUCGGAACGGGGAUUCACAAGGUGGUAAUAGGAAUAACAGCUCGAAAGCCAUUGGGAAAAUGUUCUUCAAGACCAAGCUUUGCUGUAAGUUCCGCGCGGGGACCUGCCCUUAUAUCACAAACUGUAAUUUUGCCCAUGGGAUUGAGGAGCUUCGGAAGCCACCUCCCAACUGGCAGGAGAUUGUGGCGGCUCAUGAGGAGGGUUCGGAGCCGCCCCUUCCCAUAGAGGAACGCCAGAUUCCCACCAUUAGUUCGUCAAUUGUAAUAGGGGAGUCGGAGAGAUCAUAUAAAGGAAGGCGCUGUAAGAAGUUCUAUACUGAAGAGGGCUGCCCUUACGGGGAUAGUUGCACUUUCAUACAUGAUGAACAAUCUAAGGCCCGUGAGAGUGUUGCUAUAAGUCUGUCUCCAUCAGUUGGAGGUGGUGCUCAAUAUGGGGGAGGAGCAGCUGCAGCAGUACAAAAGCCUUCAAAUUGGAAGACGAGGAUCUGUAACAAGUGGGAGAUGACAGGAUAUUGCCCGUUUGGCAGUAAGUGUCACUUUGCUCAUGGUGCAGAAGAAUUACAUCGAUAUGGUGGGGGGCUUAUGGACACGGAAGGCAGAGAUGUCUCAUCUACUCCAGACACAAAGCAAGCCGGGCCAUUAGCUAAGGCCACAACAGAUGCAUCCCUAGUUUCAAAUGUUUCAGUUCCCCAUGCAGACAUAUAUCACAUUAGUGCGCCUUCACAGAGAUCUGCUACUGCCCUCCAGAGGCAAGGACAGAGAUCAGCUGAGAAAUGGAAAGGCCCGGACAAGAUUAGUAAGAUUUAUGGAGAUUGGAUCGACGACAUUGAAUAGAACCUCGAACUUCUUAGAUUCGCCAAUAUGCCUGCUAAUCAUAAUUGCACGUUCCAACUAGAUACUGGCGCACCAUAAAGGUCAUUUUCCUUAUUUGUUGCUUAAGAGUUGUGCAAUCCUGAAUUAUGUUAUCUUUUGACAUGGCUAAAAAUUUGCAAUGGUCGACUUUUUGAGUUUUCUUUCUGCUACUUCCUGAGGGAGCAGAUAUAUGCCAAAACUCUUUCAGCUCCAAACAAAAGUGGAGCACUGUUUUCAAUAAUAAUACUUAUCUUUAAUCUGUUA